UUAAAGCAGACAGUAAUUUUAAGCAUUGAAUAAUUUAACCUGCAACGCAUACAGUUUACGUGCUUACCGGGUAGUUAAACUAUUAAUAUAAAAAUAACUUCAUGUUUGAAUUUAAAAAAUGAAUAUAACGAAAAUAUGGAUAGCCAUCUUUGUAUCUGCAGCUUUAUUGUGGCAGACGACACAUUCCCAAAACUCGACAUUCUGCGUUACUGGAAGUGCUCACUGCUCCUGGGAAGAGUGGGGUACUUGGUCUGCUUGCAGCAAGACUUGUGGAACCGGAACUCGCAGCCGACAGCGCGGGCUCUGCUGCACGCUGAAGCAGACGUUUAAUGAAUGCGUCACUUCAUGUCACCUGAGGGAUGACGACUCAAUUGAGACGGAAACCUGUUCAUUCGUGUGUCCGGCAGGAAACUGCAUAUACGAAAAAAUAGCCGACACCGGUAUCGAGGUUACAGACUACAAGACACUGAUCGGCGCCGACGGGAAGAUCACGAAUGCUCCAUUGCACUUGAAAACACCGACUGAGCGUUUUUGUAAAACUUCUUGCGAAUGCGUGAAUUUCAACAACGGCUAUUUCUGCUGGGCUUAUACUUGGAACAAUGUGACCAGGUGUUACCUGCACUUCUAUAAGAAUCCUUUGAUCGUGGCCCAACCGGAACUGAAGGGGCAGCACACUGGGCAGUCCCUAAAUAUCAGGAGCUGUACUGAAAACGAGAGGCUCGAGUCGAGUACAUGUGUAUAUAAUAUAACCACCCAUAACGAUACCGGUCUGCUGAGGUGCAAAGACGGAGAGCGCUCUAACAAAUGUGACACAGACACGCUAACAUCCCGCAUACAUAGCUCAAACAGUAGCCCUUUGGUGCUGACUGCGUUCCUCGUACCAUUGAUGGUCGUCCUAGUUACCGUCACCAUCAUCAGUGGCGUCCUCAUCAGAAGGAAGUUCUUGAACAGCAAACAAGUCGUACCCGUGGGGCCCAAAAUAAAUCAGCCCUGAGUCGUGUUUGACUUUGUGUUGAUGUUGUAACUGUUAGUAAUUAACUAAACAUUAUAUAUUUAAAUAAUAACAUGGUAUACUAUUCAUGGUAAAAACAUGAUAUAUUUAAAUAAUAACAUGGCAUACUAUUCGUGGUAACGAUUUCGUUAAACAUAAUCCACCAAUAAUUCAUAAUUUAUCAAUGAGCUGUCUGUUUACAUAAUGUAACGUAUCAAAUUCAUAUAUACUGUAUUAUCUUAAGUAAACUAAUUUCAUCGAUUUUAAUUUAGGAACAUGUACUAUAGUUUUGUUUGCAACUGAUACUGUUGGCUUAUUUAAAUAAAAUUGACAAUACA